UCAGGCAUUUAAGAAAUAUUUACUCCUUCAUGAAUUGAGCUUCACUUUUGAGUCAUGGAUGACAAGGCUUCUGUUGGAAAAAUCAGUGUCUCCUCAGAUUCAGUAUCUACCCUUAAUAGUGAAGAUUUUGUCUUGGUUUCCAGGCAAGGAGAUGAGACGCCAUCUACAAAUAAUGGAAGUGAUGAUGAAAAAACAGGGCUCAAGAUUGUAGGGAAUGGAAGUGAGCAGCAGCUGCAGAAAGAACUAGCAGAUGUACUGAUGGAUCCUCCAAUGGAUGACCAGCCAGGGGACAAGGAACUUGUGGAAAGAGUACACCUGGAUGGCGAAGGAGAUGCACCUCUUUCUGAUCCACUCUCAGCUUCUUCCACCAUUAAUCCCGUGCCAUUAGUAGGGCUCCAAAAACCAGAGAUGAGCCUGCCAGUAAAACCUGGACAAGGAGAUUCCGAAGUGUCAAGUCCUUUUACACCAGUUGCUGAUGAGGACAGCGUAGUUUUCAGUAAACUAACUUACUUAGGCUGUGCCUCAGUAAAUGCUCCCAGGAGUGAAGUGGAAGCUUUAAGGAUGAUGUCCAUUUUAAGAAGCCAGUGUCAGAUUUCUCUAGAUGUAACUCUCUCAGUACCAAAUGUAUCUGAAGGAACUGUGAGACUCUUAGAUCCUCAGACAAACACUGAAAUAGCCAACUAUCCUAUCUACAAAAUUCUUUUUUGUGUCCGAGGACAUGAUGGAACUCCUGAGAGUGACUGUUUUGCUUUCACUGAAAGUCAUUAUAAUGCAGAGCUCUUCAGAAUACACGUUUUCCGGUGCGAAAUACAAGAAGCUGUAAGCCGGAUACUUUACAGUUUUGCCACUGCCUUCCGCCGUUCUGCCAAGCAGACCCCACUUUCAGCAGCGACCGCACCCCAGACUCCAGACAGCGACAUCUUUACCUUCUCUGUGUCUUUAGAAAUAAAAGAAGAUGACGGUAAAGGUUAUUUUAGUGCAGUUCCCAAAGAUAAGGACAGACAGUGCUUUAAACUACGCCAAGGAAUUGAUAAGAAGAUUGUCAUUUAUGUGCAACAAACAACUAAUAAAGAACUUGCUAUUGAAAGGUGUUUUGGUCUUCUUCUCAGUCCAGGAAAAGAUGUACGAAAUAGUGAUAUGCACUUGCUAGAUUUGGAAUCUAUGGGCAAAAGUUCAGAUGGAAAAUCCUAUGUUAUUACUGGGAGUUGGAAUCCAAAAUCUCCCCAUUUUCAAGUUGUAAAUGAAGAAACUCCUAAAGAUAAAGUACUGUUUAUGACUACCGCUGUUGAUUUGGUAAUAACGGAAGUACAGGAACCUGUUCGAUUUCUCCUGGAAACAAAAGUUCGUGUUUGUUCACCUAAUGAAAGAUUAUUCUGGCCCUUCAGCAAACGUAGUACUACUGAAAAUUUCUUUUUGAAACUGAAGCAGAUAAAGCAAAAGGAGAGAAAGAGUAAUACUGAUACUUUAUAUGAAGUUGUGUGCUUGGAAAGUGAAUCAGAAAGAGAGAGGAGGAAAACUACUGCUAGUCCCUCAAUUCGCCUGCCACAGUCUGGAUCACAGAGUUCAAUGAUACCUUCUCCUCCAGAAGACGACGAAGAGGAAGAUAAUGAUGAACCUCUCUUGAGUGGAUCUGGUGAUGUAUCCAAAGAAUGUGCAGAAAAAAUUCUUGAAACCUGGGGAGAACUACUGUCAAAAUGGCAUCUCAAUUUAAGUGUGAGACCAAAGCAGUUGUCAUCAUUAGUAAGAAGCGGUGUCCCUGAAGCUCUUCGGGGAGAAGUUUGGCAGCUACUAGCUGGCUGUCAUAACAAUGACCACCUGGUAGAAAAAUACCGAAUCCUUAUCACAAAGGAGUCUCCGCAGGACAGUGCUAUCACCCGAGACAUUAACCGGACAUUCCCAGCCCAUGAUUAUUUCAAAGAUACAGGAGGAGAUGGACAAGAUUCUUUAUAUAAAAUAUGCAAGGCUUAUUCUGUGUAUGAUGAAGAAAUUGGCUACUGCCAGGGCCAGUCAUUUCUUGCUGCUGUGCUGCUUCUCCAUAUGCCUGAAGAGCAGGCAUUUAGUGUUCUGGUCAAAAUCAUGUUUGACUAUGGUCUCAGGGAACUUUUCAAGCAAAACUUUGAAGAUUUACACUGCAAAUUUUACCAAUUGGAGCGCCUCAUGCAGGAAUAUAUUCCUGACCUCUACAACCACUUCCUGGAUAUAAGCCUUGAAGCACACAUGUAUGCCUCCCAAUGGUUUCUUACACUUUUCACUGCAAAAUUCCCUCUCUACAUGGUCUUCCAUAUCAUUGACCUGCUUUUAUGUGAGGGAAUAAGUGUUAUUUUCAAUGUUGCCCUUGGACUAUUGAAGACUUCAAAGGAUGACCUGCUGUUGACAGAUUUUGAAGGUGCCUUGAAGUUCUUCAGGGUUCAGCUCCCUAAGAGAUAUCGUUCAGAAGAAAAUGCAAAAAAGCUAAUGGAAUUAGCUUGCAACAUGAAGAUUAGCCAGAAGAAGUUAAAAAAAUACGAAAAGGAAUAUCACACCAUGAGAGAACAGCAGGCCCAACAAGAAGACCCCAUUGAGCGAUUCGAGCGAGAGAAUAGACGUCUACAAGAAGCUAACAUGAGGUUGGAACAGGAAAAUGAUGAUCUUGCCCAUGAGCUCGUUACCAGCAAGAUUGCACUGCGAAAGGACCUGGAUAAUGCUGAGGAAAAGGCAGAUGCACUCAAUAAGGAGCUGCUUAUGACCAAACAGAAAUUGAUUGAUGCAGAAGAAGAAAAAAGACGGCUGGAAGAAGAAUCUGCUCAGUUAAAAGAAAUGUGCCGUCGGGAACUUGACAAAGCGGAAUCUGAAAUUAAAAAAAACAGUUCAAUCAUUGGUGACUAUAAGCAGAUUUGCUCUCAGUUGAGUGAAAGACUGGAGAAGCAGCAGACAGCUAAUAAAGUGGAAAUUGAGAAAAUUCGGCAAAAAGUGGAUGACUGUGAGCGCUGCCGGGAGUUUUUCAACAAAGAAGGACGAGUGAAGGGCAUCAGUUCAGCUAAGGAGCUUCUGGAUGAAGAUACAGAUGAAGAGAAGGAGACUCUCAAGAACCAGUUGAGAGAGAUGGAACUAGAACUGGCUCAGACCAAGCUCCAGUUGGUGGAAGCUGAGUGCAAGAUACAGGACUUGGAACACCAUUUAGGCCUUGCCCUCAAUGAGGUACAGGCUGCCAAGAAGACGUGGUUCAACCGAACACUGAGCUCCAUAAAGACUGCAGCAACCGGGGUUCAGGGGAAAGAGACUUGCUGA